CUAAAGUCACCAUUCCAUAACUGUCUGGCCAGCAAGAGGAUGAAGAAUAAACGUAAAUAAAUUAAAAUUUUGUCUAAUAUAAUACGUUUUUGAGUUAGUUUAGUUGUUUUAUUUGUUACAAAUUAUAAUUGGAUGUGUUGUAAGUGAUCAAGCAGUGUAAUAUACGAAAUGUCUAAAAAUAAAAUUGAUAUUAAGGGUAGUGUUAUCCAUAAUAAAAUAGAAGUCAAGUCCAAAUUUGAUGCAGAAUUUCGACGAUUUUCUGUGGAGCGAGAUCCCCAGGCAAAAUUUGAAGAGUUCCGUGCUUUAUUAGAGCGCCUACAUCGACUACGGGACAUUGCUUUUUUAGUUUCGUAUAUUGACCCAAGUGACCAAGACUUGCUACCUAUUAACAAUGAUGAUAACCUAAGGCGAGCACUGGUCAAUGCUAAACCCUUGUUGAGGGUAAUAAUACAAAGAAAAGGUGAUAGUUUGGAGGAGUUGAACGGUUACGGGACAAUCAAACCCCGUAAUUUAAUAUCAAGCAUUUUAGGGGGAACCCCAGGCCGGACAAAAACUUUGGCCAUUUCAAACCCCCACGAUUUCCGACAGGUGUCAUCUAUUAUUGAUGUUGAUAUUGUACCUGAAACGUGCAGACGGGUGCGGUUACUGAAACAUGGGUCUGAUAAACCACUUGGGUUCUAUAUUAGGGAUGGAACUAGCGUCCGUGUCACGCAGAGCGGUUUAGAAAAGAUCCCGGGUAUUUUUAUAUCACGCUUAGUGCCUGGAGGUCUCGCAGAAUCCACAGGACUUUUAGCUGUAAACGAUGAAGUUCUGGAAGUGAAUGGUAUCGAAGUGGCUGGAAAAACGCUAGACCAGGUGACGGAUAUGAUGGUCGCCAACAGUUCAAACCUCAUAAUAACUGUAAAACCGGCCAAUCAGAGAACUGUGGCACCUGUACGUCGCGGCAGCUUCAGUCGAAAUUCCCAGGUUUCGAGUGGUUCACACCAGUCACACACCACUGGGGGUUCAGAUCCUGACGAUCAGGACGAAAUCGUGGAUUUGACAGCAGCUCCAAACUUAAAUGAGAGCCACAGUUCUGAGGAUGGGAUUUUGCAUCUUUAGUUUUUAAGGUGAACUUCUUUCUUCCGUUGGCUGUAAGACUGUGGGCCUUGAUCCACAUAGUAUUAUGAACAAAACCAUACAGGUAACAUAUCAACAGAAGUAUCACUGCUAACUGGAUAGUAAUUGAAAAGGGAAGUAUUGUUUUUUGGUUCAUUGACAGAGUUAUGAAGUGAAGACUUAAAUCUUGUAUGUUCAAAUGACUGCUGCUUGAAUUAGUGCCUUUGGUAGUAAUUAACAUUGUACUUAUAAUAAAAUAGAACCAAGAAAGAGUACCAAUAAGAUGCAAGUCAAAGGGUUGAUGUGUUUUUAAUUUGUUGAAGAAAGUACUUAAAUGAAUACUAUAAGACUUAAGAAAACAUUCCGUUUUUAUCUUGAAUACAUAUGUCUCAUUCCAUUAUGUUAUGUGUUCUAUGAGUAAUAAAUCCAUUUUAUUAUAUUUUAUCAAUUACACAUUUUAUAAUUUUAAGGAAUAUUAUUGUUAUUCUAUUCAGUAUUUUAGUUAUUGUAAUCUAAGCAUUUUGUCCAAAUGUUGGUAUAGUGGUCAAGUGUCUUAACAGAACCAAGUUCUGCAAAUUCGAAUUUAUAGCUGCAGCAGAGUAUUAAAAUGAAAAUUUUUAUUUCCUGUUAUUGUGGCAAAAUCAUUUUAGAGCAACUAUUUUUUAAAUAAUGUAUAUAUUACUUCUUAGUACCUUUAAGAUGUGAAGAAUACUGUUUGUAGACUAUAUUUUACACUUUUAUAAACAAUUCAUUAGAGGCCUUUCUUUGUCUUUCGAAUCGAAUAUCGUAAAAGAAAAUUCCGUCCUUCCAUUGCCUUGAAUCGAGCUUGUGACUUUUUUUUAUGUAAUGAUAUUGUUAAAGGUACAUUUUAUGCAAGUGUUAUAGUUGCAUCACAUAUUAUGUACUUAAAAGUUAUACGAAAUAUAUAUAUCUCAAGUUAAA